AUGAAGAGCAAUAAAAUUAAAGUAACUUGUUUAUUUUUCUUUUGUCUAAGCAAUAUUUAUUAUGUGUCUACCGAGCCAAUUUCCAUAAUAGCAGGGUCGUCCAUACUCAUUGGUUCAUAUUUUGGAUGGGAUGCAAUAAAGUCCAACACAAUUUGUCAUUUCACGGAAUGCUGCGAUAAAAAAUACGUGCCAUAUGAUAUAAACAAACUGAAAGAAUUACUAUCACAGAAAAUGUUUGGUCAACCUCUUGUAACCGAGUUAAUAAAUAUUUUGAGUGCUCAUAAAGAAGCUUUACAUCAUGACACUAAAAGGAACAAGAAAGCUCUCGUAAUAAGUUUGCAUGGUUGGUCUGGGGUGGGCAAAAACUAUGCUACAAGUAUGAUAGCAGAAUCUUUGUUCAUUAAGGGAAUGGAGAGCAAAUUUGUGAAAAUGUUUAUGGGAAAAAAAGAUUUUGAUUGCACUAAAAUACAUGAGACGCAGAUGAAGCUUAUCCAUGAUGUCAAAAUGAUUGUUAAAGAUUGUCCAACUUCAUUAAUUAUAUUUGAUGAAAUCCAUGAAAUGUGUCCAACUAUUCUUGAUGCAAUUAAACCCAUGUUAGACCAUCACCAUGCAGUUGAUGGAAUAGAUUUUAGGGAUAGUAUUUUUGUUUUUAUUUCCAAUAUUGGUGGAAAAGAAAUAUCUAGUAAGCUCUUGGAAUUAUAUAAUGAAGGUUUAAAAAGGAAUGAAGUAGAUUUUCAAAACUUUGAACCAAUUAUAAGAAGAACAGCAUACAGUACAGGUGGUUUUGAAAAAUCUGCUACCAUAGCUCAAAAUUUAAUAGAUCACUACAUACCAUUUUUACCCCUAGAACAACAACAUGUUGAGACAUGUGCAUUAGCUGAAUUUAGAGCUCAUGGGGUAUAUCACCCAACAGAAGAAAUGAUGUUAGAUGCCUUGUCAGUUAUUACAUAUGGACCUACAGAGGAUCAGCCUAUUUUUGCAAAUAAUGGUUGUAAAAGAUUUACAAAACAAAUUCCAUAUGUAAUACAGAAACACAAAGUCAAGAGUGAUUUAUGA